AUGGAAUUUGGAAAGUUAAAAACCAGACAUAUCUUCAUCAUUUACAAAACAUUUGCAGCACGUCAUGGUGAAUCUUCCUUGGCACCAGUUACAAUCCAAAAGCUAGAUCUUGGUCCUGUUCCCAGUGUCCCAGAAAAGUCUUUUCGCAAGCGUGAGUUGUCUUCGCCAAUUCUAACUGGUGAAAGGGCUAAAAAACAACUUGCAGAUCGAGAAAAGCGGAAACAGGGACGUGGAAAAAGGAGGGACGAUGAAUUUGACGAAGACUUUGAUGAAGACUUCGAUGAGGGUUACCAUCAAUAUAUGGCAAUGAAUGGAAUGGCCCAAUGUUCCAGGAAUGUGUCCCCUAAGACUUCUAAAACUUUAGAAGAUACCAUCAUCACUGUUGAUCUCGAAGAAUUAGAGACAUCCUCCAAGGCGAAAGGGAAGAAAAUUGUAAAGGCUGGAAAAGGGUUGCUGCUUGAAGGAACGAGAAGGUCCUCUAGGCUUAUAGCCAAAUCAAAAAUCGAUGAGAAGGAAGUUGAAAAGACUCAACAGAAGUUCUAUGUUUCUAUUGUAAGGAGCUAG